CUUCAUCUUCACACAAAAAGUAUAUUCUUUGCACUGUGUGUGUGUGUAUAUAUAUAUAUGUAAAGAAACAUUGUAUAAGGCAUAUUCAUAGUAAAACACACACACAGAGAAACACACAGUGAGUGUGUGUAAGAAAAGAAAAGAAAAGAAAAAGGAAUGGGGAGAGGGAGAGUGGAGUUGAAGAGAAUAGAGAACAAAAUAAACAGACAGGUUACAUUUUCAAAGAGAAGAAAUGGUCUUCUCAAGAAAGCUUAUGAACUCUCUGUUCUUUGUGAUGCUGAGGUUGCCCUAAUCAUUUUCUCUAGCCGUGGCAAACUCUAUGAGUUCGGAAGUACUAGCACGACGAAGACGCUCGAGCGAUACCAGCAUUGUUGCUUUAAUCCUCCAGAAAACAGUGCUGAUAGAGAAUCACAGAGUUGGUUCCAGGAGGUCUCGAAAUUGAAGGCAAAAUACGACUCCCUUCAACGAACUCAAAGGCACUUGUUGGGAGAAGAUCUAGGACCACUGAGUAUUAAGGAGUUACAUAAUCUUGAAAAACAGCUUGAAGUAGCUCUUUCUCAGGCCAGGCAGAGGAAGACGCAGAUUUUGAUGGAACAAAUGGAAGAGCUGCGCAGAAAGGAGCGCGAACUUGGAGAUAUGAACAAGCAGCUCAAGAUUAAGGUUUCCAUGGAAAUGUCGUCGAUCGAGGCCGAGGGACAAAGUUUACGAGCAUUUCCGUCUUCAUGGAAUAUUCAAGGCUCAACAUCUGAAACUAUCAGCUUUCCUCUCCAAAUUCAGUCUUCAAAUCCAAUGGAAAUUGAACCAGAGCCUUUUCUGCAAAUAGGGUACCAUCGCUAUAAUAUUGGAGAAGGGUCCAAUGGAUACUUAAUUAAUUCUGGAUUUAAUUAAUCCUUUGAAAUAUGUUUUGCAAGUUAAUAUAUUUUUGCCAUUUCACUUAUUUAAAAUUUGGCUUUUGUUGGUUUGACUUUUGGGGAUAUUAUUUUGAGAUUGAGACUUUUACUUGCACUUCAUGAUUUUUAGUCAUCAAAGAAAUUUGUGAAGUGCAUUAAUUAUAAAAUAUAAAUGGCAUUUGAUGUAAUAUCCAUCCAUUUUUAUAUUUAUUAAUUGUUGUUUG